GUGAAGAGCUGUCCCUGCAAAAGCGGUAUGACAUUAUCCGUCGCCGAAGAGCACGACGGAAUUACGCACUGCUAAAUGAGGGUUAUAAGGAAGAAGAGGAGGAGUACGAAGCUGAGGAGGAGGAGUUCCAAAGCAGCUGGCGGCAACAGUCAAUCUUGGAGGAUCUUUGGAAAGCCGAAUAUAAUCGACAACUCUACAGAAAAUUGCAGGAGGACAUCCCGGAGCGUGAGCAUCUGGCUUUCCGCACAGAUCGCCUGGCAGAUGUUCUGAAGAAAGCCUUGCAGAAAGAAUAUGCUGAUCAGAACAGGCCAGUGCUGACUCAUGAGCUGGCAGAUUUUGAGAAUCCAUACAUGAUGAAGCGUAGUGGAAUGGAGCGGCUUCUGCACGAGGGGUGUGUGCGGAACCAGCUGGACGAACGCUGUUUGCCCCGUUUGCUGGACCAGCAUCCCGACUUGACAAAGCUGCGGCGGCAGGCGGCGCUGCCAGCAGAAGUGCUGGAGCCACUUGCCGCCUUCCGCGGGGACGUACGCUGGCAUUUCGAUGCUCGGGAAAGACUGAGCCAGAAGCUGCAGGCAGCCAAUGCUGCGCUGCAAGCCAUCGAGUCAGAUGCGUCUGCAAAGGACUUCUUACGUGUCUUGCCAGAAAACCUGGUCGACGAACCUCCUGCUCAACAGGUUGAGGGCAUACACCAUCCUUGGCGAAAUCACGUGGGCUUUGAGAGUGCUGUUCCCAGAGGAGUUGCUGGAGGUACCAAGUUUGCACAGCCUGAAACAGAACUCCAAUCACAGCUAGCGCGUUUGCGGUAUCCGACGCUGCAACGAGUGGCCCAUACCUUACCAUCUGACUCGAAGUGGCGGGCUCACGUUGUACGCUCAAUAAGAGUAUUGGAGCGCUCAAAGAAUUGGGAUUACAGCUCCAAGCUCAAUGCCAUCAAUCGAAUCAAAGAGGUUUACGACCGCCUCAAGCCAAGUGAUGAGUACACAGCUGCUUUGGAUGAAAAGCUGCCUGUUAACCGUGUUUCCAGCAGAAUCAAGCGAAAGUAUGCGCGUGAUGUGGAGUACGUGAAGACUUUCCCGAAGAACUGGCGACGACAGAAGAGCUUCACAAGAUACAGGCCGAGCCUUACUGCCACGGCGUCCCUGAAGAAGGACAAGAAAAAGUAA